AGAGGAGAAAGUGAAUGUGACUAUUUAAUUUCUGUCUUCAACAUCACAAGAUUUCGUUCCAAGCGUUUUUAAUAUUCUCCCUGAUUCGGGCAAUAUAGCCUAUUAGUAUAAAAUGUGCCUGCUAGGUUACGUAAUGUGACACGUGGAUUAAUGUUCCAUUUAAUAAUAAUCUACUCAAUUGAAUAACUUUUAAUUUCUAUUCGCUGUGAUGUUUUUAGGCGUGGUGUAUCUUGACGUUCAUGUUCUCCAGAUAGCCUAUUGUUAAUACAGUUUGACUGCGACACCCAAUGAUUUAUUAAAACGGACCCAUCAGAAACCACUGUAAUCUGGGGUGUAAAACACACUUGACUAUAUUUUAAUUCAUAUGGGCGUUGACAUUCUGAUAUUUUGGACAAACCCGUGAUGUGUGUGUGUGCGUGUGUGUGUUCGUGCUCGUGCGUGCGUGUGUGUUUCAGCAUUGUCUCGUGAGCUCUCAUUAUCAGUGCGUUUGAGAGGGUUUGGUGAAGGGAGAAGAAUAUGUAUAAUUGUCUUCUCGCCAAGCGGUGGGUUUGUUUUAAUUGACACUCGCUGGGACUACAAGAAACAAGGAACAACCCCCAUCUACCGGCAGAAUCUCUGCCACCCUCUCCUCCUUCUCCUCCUCCUCUUCUCUUCUCUGGCUUCUAUAACAGGACAACGCUUUCUCAGCUGAAGCAGAACCAGUCGGAUGCUCUGAGCCUACCGGACGCAGAGCUGUAUAUGGAAGUUGUAGGCUAUAAGGCAGAAGCGAGCUGUUGCACAUUGCGUCGUUCAAGAGCGGGAGCCAUGCUGUUCCACGGGAUCUCCGGUGACCACAUCCAGGGCAUUAUGGAGGAGAUGGAGAGGAGAUCCAAAACCGACUCGCGCCUGGCCAAGGGCGUGCGGCUCAACGGAAGGGAAGCGACCAUGCCUUCCAUGGGCCCUGAGAAACCCGCGUUGUGUGCCGGCUGUGGAGGCAAAAUAUCGGAUAGAUAUUAUCUGCUCGCUGUGGACAAACAAUGGCACCUACGGUGCCUCAAAUGCUGUGAAUGUAAACAGCAUUUGGAGUCAGAGCUCACGUGUUUCGCCAAGGAUGGCAGCAUCUACUGCAAGGAGGAUUACUAUAGAAGGUUCUCCGUGCAGAGGUGCGCUCGCUGCCACCUCGGGAUCUCAGCAUCUGAGAUGGUGAUGCGCGCGAGGGACUCCGUGUACCACCUGAGCUGCUUCACGUGCACCACGUGCAACAAGACCCUGACCACAGGCGAUCACUUCGGCAUGAAGGACAGCCUGGUGUACUGCCGGGUCCACUUCGAGACCAUAUCCCAGGGAGAGUACCCCCACCCUGGCCUCAACUAUGCCGAGAUGGCGGCUAAAGGUGGAGGUCUGGCGCUGCCAUACUUCAAUGGCACUGGAACGGCCCAGAAGGGAAGGCCUCGGAAGAGGAAGAGCCCCGCCAUGGGCAUAGACAUCACCAGCUACAACUCAGGUUGUAAUGAGAAUGAUGGGGAACACCUGGACCGUGACCAGGCCUACCCUCCAGCCCAGAAGAACAAGCGCAUGCGUACCUCCUUUAAGCACCACCAGCUCCGCACCAUGAAGUCCUACUUUGCUAUCAACCACAACCCCGACGCCAAGGACCUCAAACAGCUGGCCCAGAAGACAGGCCUCACCAAAAGAGUUCUCCAGGUAUGGUUCCAAAACGCAAGAGCCAAAUUCAGAAGGAACGUUUUGCGACAGGAGAAUGGAGUUGACAAGGCCGACGGCACGUCACUCCCUCCGCCCUCGUCCGACAGCUGCGCUCUGACGCCCCCCUCCAGCGCGGCCACACUAACAGACCUGACCAAUCCCUCUAUCGCUGUAGUGACCUCCGUCACGUCUAGUUUGGACAGCCAUGAUUCGGGGAGCCCCUCACAGACUACCUUGACAAACCUUUUCUAGCAAAGCUCUACGACUCCUAGCAAGAACAACGACGACAACAACAGCAGCGGUUAAUCAGGAGGAGAUUAUUUUGAUGUGUAGCAUUUGCAACCGCUUGGCAGCUGAGUUUGUAGUCAACCUAUUUAGUGAUUGGUUUUGUGUCGAAGGACGUUUUGAAUCUGGAAGACAAAUCAUUAUAGAGGGUUCAACAAUCUGGGUCACAGCCCAAAUUAAAUGAUUUAAAUGGUAAUAGUAUAUUAUUUUUUACUUUAUUUAAUUUAAUUUGUUCAUUCGAUUUGAUUUAGUCUAAAUUGACCCCGCCUGAUAAUUCAUUUUAAAUCAUUAAUACUAUGUUAGUCCAAUUUAAGGCAUAUUUCGAUCUUAUUUUAUUUUUAUUUUUAAAUCUUUGAAAUAUUAAUUUUCAGAUUGUUGUUUAAAAGAUCAUUCAGAGUUAUCCUGGAUGUUACAAGAUAUUGGAGCAUUAUAGAGAUGAGUAAUUUCUCGUCUCUAAAUUACGUUGUAUACAUUACAACAACCCAAACAUUACAACUCUAAUGCCAGGUGGCUGUAGUGACGUCAACAUGCAUUUUGUCUUAACAUGAUACUCCUCAACUGUGAUAGAAAAUAAUAAGAACAGAACAAAUCUCUAGAUCUGUACAGUGGUAACUGUCCAACAUGUAAUGCAGAGUCACGUUGAUAUUAGGAGUUCUACUAUAUAAAUCAGUGAGUGUAAUUUUGAUUGGGACAGAGUUCUUGGGCACUGUUUGAAAUUAUUAUUUUACUAAUCUUUUGGCUUCAUUUUACAUACCAAACACACGAAUGGAAAAACAAUUCUGUUGGCCUCAUUUUACAUACCAAACACACGAAUGGAAAAACAAUAGUUUAUCUGGAUUCAGCGAGCCCGUAGAAUUACUGUUAAAUACAGCUGCACAGUGACAAUAAACUGCCCAAUGAAAAGUGCAUUAUUAUUAUUAUCAUCAUCAUGUUUCUCAGGGUAAAGAAGGGUUGAUUCUGAAAAAGGUAAGAAGGUAGAAGAGGAAGAUGAUAAAAAGUGAGGGAUGACGAUAUGGAAGAUUAGAUGUGUAGAGCUGACAGAAACAUCAACAAUAACCCCAGAAAAGCUGGAGAUAUUCGACAGUCGGUGGGACAAAGAAAUCACCCUCCACCUUUUCUCCUUGGCCAUAUUUCAACUUUACCGACACUUGCUACUGAACAGACCAAAUGAUAUUUUCCCCUCUGGCUGAUUUUGGGGGAAAGAGAGACGAGGAAUAGAAGGAUUGCUUUCUGACGGGGUUAAACUUUUGUUUGUCUCCUGGGCCAGCUGAUUAAGGUCGUUGGCGUCGCGUUGUGGUUGAUAGCAAAGCAGGACUACAUGGUGCGAAUUAGGAGAAAGACAAAGAGACCCUGGCUGCAGGGUUCAAACAUUGUAUUGUAAUUGUCACAAUUUGUUCUACUGUAGAACAUAGCGUUACUCUCAAUCUACUUGAUGAAGUAGAUGCUUAACUCAAUUCUACUAUGUGCCUUAUGCUAUAACUUGGAAGAAAGUUUGUAAACUUCAGGAUUAUAUGUGUUGUUUGUUGACUGAUUGACAUCCCUGUGACGCCUCACUAGUUUUGUACUGUUUUGCAUCUUAUUUCUGAAGAUCUUUUUAUGGUGUAUCCUGUCAGAAAGGAGGCAGCGAUGUCUUAGAAAGCGUUUGUGCACUUCUUUCAGAUAUAGUUGGUUGAUUCCAAUAAUCUUCGUGUUAAUAGUUGAGUACAGUAAGUGUUCUAUCGAGAUUGUCCAUGUUUCCCUGUUUCAUGACAAAGAUGGUGUAUAGAAACUAUUUCUCCUUAAAUAUUUAUGGACCAAACGGUUGUUAUAUAUCUUAUUAAAUUUGUGUGAAUAAAAAAAUACUUUGUUUUAAA